AUGGCGCCCUCACGCCCCGCGACAACCGGAUACGAGCGCCUCGCUCAGGCGGAUCGCUUUAGCGACGACUCGGACGAAGAAGACCUCGCCCUGAGCUAUGCCUCUCUGCAGCCCCCCAAUGCCGGCGUAGACCUCAAAGCGAUCAACGCGAGGCUCGAGAAGUGGGCUGAUGAGAUUGCGUCCAAGUUCAAGCGCGCGAGGACGGCCACCCUGGCGAGGAGCAGCGCCUGGAAAUCCACCAUUCCGUUUUCCGUCCACCCGAAGGGUUACUUUGCGCGGAACACGUCCGGAAAGGUCGUGGGCGUGUUCAAGCCAAAGGACGAGGAGCCUUAUGCAGCCGGAAACCCAAAGUGGAACAAAUGGAUACACCGAAACCUUUUCCCCUGCUGUUUCGGCAGAGCAUGCCUGAUCCCCAACUUGUCCUAUGUCAGUGAGGCUGCGGCCUACACUCUCGACUGCCAGCUGCAAACUGGCAUGGUACCUUAUACUGAAGUUGUAAAUCUCUCGUCCAAGGCCUUCCACUACCCGUUCUGGGAUCGUCAUAGCUUCUAUCGGAAAAGAAGCCACUCCCGCCUAAGCCCGGAAGUUUCCAAGUUUUCCUCAAAGGCUUCAAGGAUGCCAACAUCUUCUUACGUGAAAACCCGCGCCCUCGGGCCUGGCAACUUUGUCUGGACCGAAAACUUGAAGCAAUCAUUCCGGGAGGAGCUGGAAAAGCUGGUGAUUUUGGACUACAUCAUGAGGAACACAGACCGCGGCCUCGACAACUGGAUGGUGAAGGUAGACUGGGAAACGCAGCAGGUAUCUAUCACUUCAGAACCGAUACAAAUGAAGAUGAAUAAUGGAGAGGAUGAGGAGGGAGAGGACUCCAUUGGUCCCCGCCCGGUGAACUUGGAUGAGAGGCCCCAGAUGGCCGAGCGUGCGUCGUACCCUUACAAGAGGCAACGGCCUAUGAAGGCCGCUAGCCCCUCCCAAGGCGUUACGGAACCGCAAAUCUCCAUCGGCGCAAUCGAUAACUCGCUCUCUUGGCCCUGGAAGCAUCCGGAUGCAUGGAGAAGCCAAACGCAGUACGAGCUCCGGAAGGUCUUCCAGAUGGACCCCGACUUCAAGGAGCGCAUGUUUGCCAAGCAAAUUGCCGUGAUGAAGGGUCAGGCUUGGAACGUGGUGGAAACCCUCAAGACGCCGGACCAUGGGCCCUUGGAGCUCACCCGCCGCGCCAAAGUGUGCGUGUGGGAUGACCUUGUCGACAUUCCGGUGGCGGUCCCCAUGCGCGUCACAUCAUCGGAAUUCCGCCGGCGCGCCAACAACGCGCGGGAUUCCAUAGACGAGAUGGACAUUGGCGCCAUCGCCUCCUCGGCGCCUGCGAACGGCACCGAUGGUGACCUGCUCGGUGUUGCUAGCCCUCCCGCGGAUAUGCCUCAUCCGGGUCGGUUCGAGAUGACGACUCCAUCAGGCGAGGAUGCGCGUUCGCCCGACGAGGUCCCGGUGAACCCUAUGAACGGAAAGCGGCCGGCGACUCUAAGAAAGUCGGACUCGGAGCCCCAUGGAAUCUCUGGUCCUCACCCCAGGAUGAGUUACCAGGGCCCCUCCCGGGCGGGCCUCAACUUGUACGCACCGUCGAGACAUAACCGAAGGUAUUCGCAUGCGGCGUUGGCAGCGAAGAGAACGACGAGCAUAGCGCAGCAGCUCUACGGCAACGCGAUCGACGAGGACGAUCUCGACGGCGAUCUCGGGUAUGCGGCGGCCGAGGGCAUGGACGGCAUCCACCGCAAGGUGAUUGUCGAGAGGCUAGAGAUGGUCAAGGCGAAAAACCCCGUGUUUAGCUGCUGGUAG